AUGGGAUGUACUAAUUGUUUUUAUCGAACAGGCUCGGUCGGCCAUGCCCGUGACAACCAGCACGAACUCAGUGAUCCUUUUGUGACCCCGGGCCGCUCUCUGCGCCAGACCUAUGAGCAAGCGCCAUAUGGUGUCUUUGGAGCCGUCCAUCAGGACGAGAGCAACACCGAGGCCCGUCUUCUGGCCCUUGAGACCCGUUUAGCUGCCCUUGAACGCCUGGUACAAUUAAUGGAUAACUCUGGAGCUUCCCCACUCCAUCGAGAGCUGACCACUGCCUCCGAAGAGGCAGUGAAGAAAUCUGUCCUAGCCUACGUCAACUCCCGCAUCGAGCGGGUUACUGCGCAUAUAUCUUCCCGAAUGGAUCGGCGGGAUUCCCUUGUCGAUGCCCAGCUGGGCCAACUGGCAUACCACAUCGGGAACAUCGUACAGGGGCUGAACAAUCUGGCCCAGUACGUGGCCAACUUCGUCCGGGGACUGUCGCGUCCUAGCUCAGAAGGCGUAUGA